ACAGUUUGGUUCCAGCCCUAAACCCAAUGCACUGAACGCAGAGAAAGAGAGAGAGAGAGAGAGAGAGAGAGAGAUGCCGGCGACUGCGAGCGUGAUCGGAGCUUUACUGGGAUUGGGAACCCAGAUUUACUCCAAUUCCCUCCGCAAACUGCCCUUAAUGAGGCAUCCGUGGGAGCAUGUUCUUGGUAUGGGAUUGGGGGCGGUGUUUGUAAACCAGCUGGUGAAGUGGGACGCUAAGCUUCAGGAAGACCUUGACAAGAUGCUUGACAAGGCUAAGGCCGCCAACCAGCGCCGUUACUUUGAUGAAGAUGAGGAUUAGCAACCAGGUGGAUUGAAGCAGCUUGUGAUGCGGCUCUUCAACGGGUUCAUAUUCGGGUUGUAGACUUAUGUGUUCUUGGUGUCUGAGGUUAUUGCUCCUUGCUGUUGUUUUUGACGUUUUUGUUGCACAUAAGCUAAGCUCUGGGAAUUCAUUCACACUGUCAAUUGGAUUGUGCUUUAAUAAUGGCAAUCCUUGAAAGUAA